CGGUGUAGUGGCCGCGGAGCCUGCGUGAGCGCGCGCGCGUGCGGCUGCGAGAGAUGGCGUGCUGAACAUCCGUCAGACCAAUAUGACGCCCCGACGGGCGCUGUUCUGGGCGGCGGCGGCCGUGACCUUGGCGGAGGUCAGGGCACAGGACUCUGAGUGUGGCUCGGGCGCCGCGGCGGCCGCCAUCGUGUUUGCGGUUUUGUUCCUGCUCAGUAUCGCUGUGCUGGGAUACGUGCUCUACAGAUACGUGUGGAAGCCUCGGCACAGCUCGGCGCUGGAGAAGGUGGUGCUGGCCGAAAACGGUCACGAGGAGAGUCGCUUCGCCUUCGACAACCCGUACUUCGAGGGCGACGACGACAUCGGCAACAAGAGUACGCUGCCGUCCACCGAUGUCCUCGCUGCCAGUGAAAAGACGAGCACGGCACGCAGCAACGACUCCAAGGCGGCCAGGAAGACUCCGUGGUCGCCGUUUGCCGUCUUCUCCACCAACCCCAAGAUAGAGCGUCGGCGCGCCUUCGACGACUCUUUCCUGGCGGAGCCGGAGCGCGUCAGCGUGCCUCUGCGGGGUCACGACUUCACCGGCCUUGGCUUCAACAUCUGCGGCAACAUGCGCGAGGGCAUCUUCGUCAAAGACGUGCUACACCGGGGCCCGGCCUCCGAGUCGGGUCAGGUCCGUGCCGGCGACCGCAUCACCGGCAUCACCGUGUCGUUCGCGCACGUGGUGUUUGAAGACGCGCUGACCAUCCUCAGCUACGCCUCGCCUUACGACGUGCAGUUGCACCUGGAGAAGGACGUGAUACAGAACCCGAAGAAGGCGGUGACGUCUCAACCUAGCUCGGCCAGCGAGCGGCUGUGCCACCCGUUCUACCGCAGCCAGAGCAUCGACGAUCUGACCAAGAUCGGGCGCACCAAGCUGCACUCGGCCAAGCGCUCUGCGCGCACCACCAUCAGUCACGGCCCGUCGUCCGAGACCGCCAAGUCAGAGAGCAGCAUCACCAACAAGGCGUCCUCAUUCAACGAGAAGCUGCUCUCGAAGGCGACCCCGCCAGCGGCGCGCGCAGAGACCACGCAGCUGGUGCAAAGGGAGCAUUUGGCGGCGACACUGCAAGAGCCGGGUGCCGGCGGCUACCGAGAGAUGGCGGUGGACGUGCCUGAUCAUGUGCUAGCAAUGGAUGCUAAGAAGAAGGCCGCCGACGCCGCCAAACUGAACCGGCUGGGUGUGAAGGUGCUGCCUGACGCGAGCGUCGCGGCGCCCUCCGGCAGUCAGGCUGACCCGGAGCGAGCCAGCCCGGCCACCGAGCGACACGCGGCGUCCAUACCGGCCGUUUCCGCCGUAUCGGUGGAGAGCGAGACGGCCGCCGGCGACGUCGAGCUGUCCGGCGCCGGCUCGUCUCGGUCCGGGGACGACUCGCCGCCGGCGGACGGCGACCAGAAAGGCGAGCGCUCCAAGUUCAAGAUGGGCAUCGCCGGCUUCGGCUUCAAGAAGCAGAAGGGAAAGGGUGACACGGGCGCACAGGCCAAGGUGGAGGCGCAGGUUCCGGCCGUUGAUGUUGAGGGUUCGGCGAAGAUUCCCGAUGGGGACGAGCGCUCGAAGAAGGCGGGAAUUUCAGGUAUCAACAUGAAGCUGCCCAAGUUUGGAGGAAGUAAGCCUGUUUUCGAGAAUGAGAAGUAUGUCAAGCGAAGUGAGGAGGAGGACGUCGAGAUACCUCAGCCAGUGGCCACUGAAGUCGAAAAGCUGAGGUCGACAAUGAACAACACGGCUAGAAAGCAGAGCGGGACAUCUAGUGCGUCAGGCUCCGAUGUGGAUGCGAUUGAGGUGGAUAACAGCUCUCACACCGACAACACGGAUAAGAAAGACUCUAGGUCCAAGUCGUGGGGCCUCAAGGGACUCAAGAAGGGCCUUGGACUUGGCAGGAAAUCGGACAGCGAUGAGAAGGAUCGCAAGACCAGUUCCAGCUCUAGCUCCGGCGAGGAAAACAAGGAAUCAUUGCAGACUGAAAUUCCACCAGAGAUGCGUUUGGCGGCAGGCGUUGCCCAGGAGAGGAGGAACAGGAGGACGAGGAAAGACUCGGGAAGUUCCUCCAGCUCGGAUGAAGAGAAACGGGUCGUGAACAAGCCUAUUUCUCCGCAGCCAAUCGAGGUUGAGGUGAAAGUCGCGGAUAAGCCUUUGUCCUCGAUGCUGGCCGAUAGAGCCGAGGUAGAGGAGGACGUGCAAAAAGAAGUGCGCAAAGUGGAAACCGACGUAGAGAACGUCGAAAUACCGCGCGCGGAAGUUAACAAAAUCGAGGUGCUGAAGGAGGUCCUAUCCAUGACCCCCAACAAAGAAGUCAAGCGGAAACGGCCGGAGGUGGACAUGGAAGACGCCGUCUCGGAGACCGUAGAGCGGAGCACGGUCCAGCGGUCCACAGCCGCGUCCGGCUCGGCCGACAGCCUGCCGCGCAUCACCGGCGAGGUUACGGGGCUUGUGGAGGUCGGCGAGCGCAAGCGCAAGCCGGAGCCGGCGCGCGCGCCGCCGGCCGGGUCGUCCUCGUCGUCGUCCUCGUCAUCGGACGAGAGAGAGGACGGCGCCGCUCAGCAGAAGCGCGCCAAGCGGCUGCGGAAGCGGCGCAGCGAGAGCGGCAGCUCGCCGGAGCGCGGCGCCAGCGGGCUCAGCUCGGACGAGGAGAAGGCGGGCCGGCUGGGCCGCGCGCCGCGCAGCAGCACAGAGGUCAGCGUCGACACCUCGUCGACGGAGCCUCUCAACACGAGCACGCCCGUCAAGCGGCCGGCCGGCGACGAGCGUGACCGCAAGUGCGCCUCGAUGGGCGACCUGUACCGGCUCGGCCCAGCGGCGCCCGACUCGCCGCCUCUCGAGCGCGCCGUUUCGCUCGAGUUGCGCAAUGCUGAGCCGGAGCGCGGGCUCAAGCGCGCCUCGGUGGCCGAUGCAGAGGCGCUCAGCUGCCUGCAGGAGCCGCAGCUCGACCUGAGUCGCGUGGGCCGGCCCGAGGAGGAGCGCCCCCUGCAGAGCUCAUCCGGCUCCGACGGCCGCACACAGAUUGAGGUGGUGCCCGAGGCGGAGGAGCGGCGCGCGCCCCCCGCCGCCAGCGCCGGCCUGUCAUCCACAGUCGUGAUGCUGAAUCAGUCAACCGAGGAUGUGACGGUCAUCUCGACCGAGGCGAGCGUGAGCGGCCAGUGGGUGACGGCCGAGGAGGGGGACACGAUCUUGGCUGCGGCCGCCGGCGGCUCGCGCCGCUCGUCCGCCUCGUCCUCGACCUCCGACUCGUCCGAGCGGAUGGAGAUCGAUGAGGGCACGCAGACAUCGGCUGCCGGGCUCGACCUGGACUCGUCCGACGCCAACUACGUGUCCGUGUCCUCGGUGACAGUGGGAGACGAUACGAUGGUUCCGCCGCCUGGUGGCGAGCUGGUGCUACCAUCUGUCGAGACCCGCUUCACCAGCUCGGCCAUAAUCGGCGGCGGCGAAAGUGUGACAUACCUGACGCAGACCGAGGUCGGGGCACCCUCGAGUCUCGUGGAGGUUGUGUCGGGUGAGGUGCUGACAAGCGCCGACAUGGAUAGAGACGAGAACAACCACGACGACGGAAAGCGAUCCAGGAAUCGUUCCACAUCCUCCUCCUCCUCUUCCUCUUCGUCAAGCUCCAGCGAUGAGGGCGAGUCGUCGCGGCGAAGACGCACCUUCACCAACGAGUCGCUGGGCGAGUCGGCGUAUGCAUCCGCGCCGCAGGAUUCGGGGUCCGUCGCCUCCGUCUGCGGCGGUCGCCGCAGACGCAUCGGAAACGUCCCCGGACUCGGAGGCCCACCGGGCGCUUCUCCGCGGCGACAGCAAGACGCGCCUGCUGCAGACGGUGCUGGACGCGCACGAAAUCAAGGUGACCCCGGUGCACAAGGACCGGCGCAACAGCGGCUCGGCCACGUCGCCGCUGAGCGUCGAGGUAUCGAGUCUGAUUGCGCCGCCGACGAGGCCGCGGCCGGCGCCGGCGGCCGCCAGCCCGUCCGGCCGGGAGGUGAUCGAGAUCAGCGAGGACGAGCUGGACGCUGUGAUGCCGUCGCACCGCGACUACCUGCUGCGCCAGGCCGAGCGACUCUCGCAGUCGCCGCGCGCGCCGGCCGACGACGGCUGGCCGGCGGACGCCGACGCGACCGACGCGCCGCGGCCGGAGAACGGCGACGGCGUGGGGUGGAAGGGGCGGCCGCGCGCCGCCGAGCUGGCCGACGGUGCCGUCUCCACGACGCUGAUCAUCGGCGAGCCGCGGCUCUCUGGCUCGGUCACGGCCACCGUGAUCGGAGGUGGGCCCGUAUCACCGCCGCCGGCUCUCCAGCCGCUGUCUGAGUAGGCCGCCCGCGGUGAUCGGUCGGUGGCCAUCGACCGCGCCCCGGGGAUGAGGCGCGGGGAGGUGCCCGGCCGGUCCCCCAACCGCGAGCUCAGGGGCGCUGGAACACGAGGUGCCGGUCUGCUGGCCACGGGAGACCUCCGGCGGUGCGGUGGAGGACCGCUGCGCCCACUUCAGGCAGAACUUCCGGCCCUUCGAGACGGGCCCCCGGGCGGGCCAGCGCCUUGCCCGGUCCCUCCAGCACGUGCGGACCGGGCGGUCGUGCCUCGCCGGUCGAGAGCGUCCUAGGUCUGCGGUCCACUGGAGCCGGGGUGACCAGCCUCCCCCGCCGAUCACAUGCUCACCACUAAGGUGCUCAAUCGUAGCGGGCAGAAUCAUGCCGUGUCGCGUCCUCGGUGUGACACGACUUCACGGCGUGCGACUGUAUGUUUUGGGGAUGGGACGAAAUUUGUGAAAAGUUUGUUGAAUGAAGAAUGCGAGGUGAAUGCGCGUGAAAUUGUUAACGGUAGUGAUUGCAUGCGCGCUGAGAUGAUUUCGCGAGGUACCAGAUAUUACACUCGAGUCUAUCGUACUGUUUCUACGGCAUACAGCGCAUCAUAUUUUUAAUUAGGGUAUGCAAGCAUGCAUGCGUUUGAUUGCGAAAAUCAGGUACCGAACUGCGUGAAUCAAACUAUUUCGAAUCACCAACAUCCCGAAUCCACUGACUUGCAUCCAAAGUGCAAAGAUUGGCGGGCCGGGAACAUUGUAUAAAUAUGCUGCGUACGUUAUCACUUCGUGCGUAGCGGGUAUGUAAGAGGCAUCGGUGCAUUGACACUUGCCUUUGGUCAUGCAAGUAGUUAUGCAGCGCAUGUGCGAAUGGUACUCGGAUGGCGUGGAUGCCUGUAGAUUUAGACAAUCGUUCGCUUUCGAGAACUGUGCCAUGAACGGAUUUCGUGUUAUCCCUGCCUAUUUGUCUGAUUAUCGGCGUCCCCUGUAAAUUCGUCCGUGCUCUUUGUCUUCACAUGGUGGAAAGUUACGUCCCACCGCACACCCAUGAUUUUAGUCAUCGAAAAGUUAUCUCGUGUGAUUUUCAAAUACCAAUUGCUCAAGCUACUCGCAACAUUCGUGCCUUGAACCAUGGUUGUGUGUUACAGAUGUCAUGUGGUCUUCCGAUGGUAUUUCAGCAGGUUCGCAUUCCACAGAGCGGUAGUAUGCAUAGGUACGGGCCGCUCAGUACCCGGUCGGCGUGCUUUGUGCUGCCCUGCAAUGGUAUGGGAAAUAAAGCAUCACGCACAACUGUCGCGAA